AUGUUCGGGAGACGAGGACCCUGCAAGAGUUUCGCCAUCAGCGUCAUUCAAAUCAUCACCAUCAUAUGCCAAGUUCUGACUGAAGAGCCCCGGUUCGCGGAGCCAAUUCCCAACGUGACGGUCGCGCUGGGCAGAGAUGCCAGUCUACCGUGCGUCGUCGAACAUCUCGGCACCUACAAGGUGGCGUGGAUCCACAUCGAUCGUCAGAUGAUCCUGACGAUCCACCGGCACGUCAUCACACGCCUGGCCAGGUUCAGCGUGUCCCACGACAACGCCAUGACCUGGCUUCUCCACGUGAGCCAGGUGCAGCAGGAAGACAGGGGUUACUACAUGUGUCAAGUGAACACCAACCCUAUGAUAAGCCAAGUGGGGUACCUGCAAGUCGUUGUGCCACCAAAUAUCCUGGAUGAAGAGAGCACGCAGUCAGCUGUCGCUGUCAGGGAGAAUCAGAACAUUAGUCUGGUCUGCAAGGCGGAUGGGUUCCCGGCGCCGAAGAUCAUGUGGAGGCGAGAGGACGGUCAGCCCAUCUCCGUUGACAGGAGAAAGAAAGUGACUGUCUACGAAGGUGACACGCUGAGCUUACAGCGAAUCAGCAGAACUGAGAUGGGGGCGUACCUCUGCAUCGCGACCAAUGCUGUACCCCCCUCCGUCUCCAAGAGGAUCAUUGUCGACGUUGAAUUUUCACCCAUGAUCUGGGUGCCUAACCAGUUGGUGGGAGCUCCGGCUGGGACUGACGUGACAGUGGACUGCCACACUGAAGCUCACCCCAGGGCCAUCUCCUACUGGGUCUACGAUAACGUCAUGGUGCUGCCGACGAAGAAAUACGCUAUCAAUACAGAGGAGAACUCUUACAGAGCACACAUGAAACUCACAGUGCGGAAUCUGCAGACAGGCGACUUCGGCAAUUACCGCUGUAUCUCCAAGAAUUCGCUGGGGGAGACCGAGGGCUCCAUCAGGCUUUACGAGAUUCCGAUGCCGUCAACGUCGCCUAAGGCGACGGAAAUGAAGAGCAACGCCAACAAAGAGAGCCGCCGGGCGAACGUAAGCCGAGCCGUGCAACGAGCCGAGCCGGGCACAGAGCGGCCGAGCGUGGUCCGUGCUCAACUCGACCGAGCGCCGGAGCGAGACGCGGCUCACCAUGUGUACCGCGCGCCGCACCCGCACCACGUCUCAGCUGGAAUCCAUCUGCACUGCUGGCGACCCGCGUUCUGGACCAUCGUGCUUCUUGUUCAUGUUGACCUAAUCAUCUAACUCAUAAAACAUCUUCACAUUUUCCAUUCCUUUUAUUUUGCGACGAUACUGUGAGUCCAAAGAGGUGGAUGUAAUCUGGAGAAACUCCUGGAGGAUGAUGAGUGUCUCACAAACUCAUCGCUAGGCCAGUGACCAUAGGGUCAAGUACAUGCAUGCAUAGAUAUCUAUCACAUAUUAGGCAAAGUCUUGAACUAUCAACAUUUGCCUCUUUGGUAAAAGUUCAAGAGAUUUAAGAUCAGGAAUGAAUAAUUAUAUUCAAUGAAAAUGCUUGAAUUAACAUU